AGAGAUCUAUCUUGGCUCGACGCGAAAUCGACAUGAUUUUUGCGUCUGCUCCGCUGUUUGAAGUUGGAGAUCCUCAAAUAGUGAUAUCAUUUGAAAUUUGUGGAAUUUAAGCAACAUCCGUGCCGUGCCAAGAACGGGCUUAUGCAGUUUAGAGCAAUUAUACGACGCCAACCAUGUUGAUGCAAAACUCAAGAAUUAGAACUCAUUAACAAAAUUUCUCAUGUCGACGAACAUUUUUACGUAUCUUCCAGGUAGGUUGCCCAUAUGCCGAUCGAUCCUCAUCCAUUCUGUGUCGAUCACUUGUAUCUUCUUCUUCAUGUAUUAAUAGUAAGUAAUAUUAAUUUGUGUGUCAGAACAGUUAGUUGUUAAUCUGUGUGUUAAGAAGGUGAACUUGAAGGACCACUUCAAUCGAUCGUUUUCGCAUACAAAAUGAAGAUCGACCGCACACGUUUGCUGGAAAUAGAGCGGUUGGCGAAUGAAGUCCUGAUGGAGCAGGAAGAUCUCAGAGGGCACAUCCGCCAAGCCGACACUAUCCGGCAGGGGCUUCGUGCCACAGCACCUCCUCCGAAACCUUUGCUUAGUCCUGCAGUUGGAGCACGAGCAGCGGAAGGAGGCUCUAUUAACAAGUCCUCAUCUAGUAGUACGAGUACCUCGUUCAUCACGUCCUCCUCUGCUGGCCCUGGCGCUACGAUUUACGAAAACAAUCUGUGGCUGUCGACUGGAUUCGAGGAUGGAGGGCAGUUCGUGCGAUUCGGACGACGGGAAGCACGAGAAGGCCUUGAACGCGAAAGGAUACGGAAUGAACGCGACCAAAGGGAAAAACGAGCGGGAGUGAAACAAAAGUUGCGGGAACUCUACGACAUGCACCCGACUGCCGCGGAAAUCCCACGCGGCGUGCUAGACCUUCUUUGCCGCGAAGAGCAGCUGGAGAAAGACGAAAAAGAAGCGAAAAAAGACAACGUCAUUACCAACAAAACGGCAAGAGCACCAGCACAAGCACAAAAAGCUGAGAAGAAGGAAAAGGACGAGGCACCAACGUUAGCUAGCAAUAGCAAUUCAAAUAGUACGAGUAGAGCCACUUCUCCAGCUAGUACUAGUGCUGCUUCUGCUACGGCUAACGUUAAAUCGAGCAAAGCAAGCGUGUCAACAUCCACGAGUCACUCGAGUUCCACCCCGACAAGAGUGCAAGAAGCAGCUACUCCGGCAAAAAUGAAUACGCCAACCACAGCUGCGUCCACCCCUGUAGUCAAGAGAAACAGAUUAGACUACUCUCAGUGGAACAACAUUACCACUUCAAGCAGUGAGGAAGACGACAGCAAUUAA